AUGGAGAUCGAUCUGUCGAAUGCUAAAAAGGCCGAUCAAAUAACAUGGAGCUCUGGCGAUCCAGAUUUACUCGGCCACGCCCGGGGUUAUAGCUGUUCUUUCUGUAAAAGAGGAUUCUCUAAUGCUCAGGCACUGGGAGGCCACAUGAACAUCCACAGAAAAGAUAGGGCAAAGCUCAAAGAAUUCGCGGGCCGCGACAACAAUAUUUUUUCAUUGGACGUCACAGAGCGGGAUGCUUCAGCUCCGGCUCCGGCUUCGGCUCCUAAUCCUAAUCCACCCUCUCCUUCCGUAGAAUUUCAUGAUACAGUGAUGCAACUUGAACUUUCUGGAGAUGAAAGAAGUUGCCCCCCAACAACUACAAGGGCUUCUACUUCACCAAAUCAUCAAGAAAUUUAUCAUGAUUAUACUGGGAAUGAUCAGCUGCAACUAUCCUUAUUCGCUGAGACAUCCUCAUCAAACAACAACGAAGUGGAAAGCAAUCCAUUUAACAGGCAGUCGAGUCAUGGCGAAUCAUUCAAAGAAUUAGACCUCGAGCUUCGACUUGGCCCAGAACCUCACCAGGCAUCAAAAAGGGGAUGA